AUGUGGCGUUCGCGAGCUCGCGCUCUCCUCCUGCCCCGCUCGUCCGCCCCCAGUUCGGCACCGCCGCAGCAAAAUCCACUCCGGAGCUUGGCCCGAGCCCCGCCCCCGCCGCCACGCCUUCUCUCCCGCUUCCUCUCCUCCUCCUCCUCCUCCCAGAAGGCCCCGCCGGCCGCCUCCCCUCCCUCCUCCUCCUCGCCCGGCGCCGCGCCCGGAUCCGCUGCACCGCCGGCCUACACCGGAAACCUGAAGAAAGCACUUGCAGGGUUGAGGAGAAUUGAUUUAGAAGGGUUACGGUGGCGUGUUUUUGAUGCAAAGGGCCAGGUACUUGGAAGGUUGGCAUCCCAAAUAGCUGUUGUGCUUCAAGGCAAGGACAAGCCAACCUAUGCACCUCAUGUGGAAGCUGGAGACAUGUGCAUUGUUCUUAAUGCAAAAGAUAUCUGUGUCACAGGAAGAAAAAUGACUGACAAAAUCUACUACUGGCAUACAGGGUAUAUUGGCCAUCUGAAGGAAAGAAAGCUCAAGGACCAGAUGGCAAAAGACCCAACUGAAGUGAUCCGUAAAGCUGUCAUGCGCAUGCUUCCCCGCAACAAAUUGCGUGAUGAUAGGGAUCGCAAGCUGAGGAUAUUUGCUGAAGGCGAGCAUCCAUUUCACGACCGGCCUCUCGAGCCUUUCGUCAUGCCGCCACGGCAAGUGCGUGAGAUGCGCCCCCGGGCAAGACGUGCAAUGAUAAGGGCACAGAAGAAGGAUCAGGACAGGGAAGCCAAGAAGGCCGAGGGGGAAGCAGCUAAGAACGGCAAAGCUGCGGUCGCUGCAUAA